UCUAGCGGCCGCGGCGCGCCUCGCCUGAGCCCUGAUCCUUGCUCGCCGACUCCCGCGGUUCGACCAUCUCGGGACAACGUGGAUGCUCAACCGUGGAACCAGUGACCACGGGCCAUGGGAUUCUCUUCAAGUUUGUCUUUCUGUCUAUUCUUCACGGCGCAUACCAUACCAUCAGCAUGUUUCAGGGUCUCCAGCGCAUCCGCGGUGCCAUUGACGCACGCAUAGCGGAGGAACAGGCAAAGCAGCGCACCACGCCGUCCGUCCCAUCACGUGCAGGCGCCGCCCCGAGACGGUCGAGUUCGCGAAACCUCUCGCCCUCGAAGCGGCUAGCAAAGGGCAAAGAUGGGGACAGCAAAGCUGCGCCGCCAACGGGGAGAGGGCCCGAUCCCUCAGAGUUCGACCCGGAGUUUGUCGUAGGAGAAGACGACCAGCCGAGCCGCACAGGGACGCCGAAGUCGAAAGAGAAGGCGCCGGCUGCCGAGACUACAGCGCCAGCUGAGGACGGCAGCGACAGGAAGGAGGACACGGAGAAGACGGCCGACGCCGACGACGAGACAGAAAAGGCGCCUGAGGUUCCACCAGAAGUGCAGACUCGGUUGCGCAGACUAGACAAACUCGAGCCCAAAUACGCCACACUGCUCUCCUCGUACCGCAUUGCGCACGCCCGAGUCGGCGCCAUCGAGACCUUCGAAGCCUCUCUGCGCGAGUACACGCCCCUCACGUCCAUCAACGACGCCUCGGCUUUCGUCGAGUACCUCGGCCAGCUGAACGUCAAGAGCGACAUGCUGAUGGAGGAGCUGAAAAGGGUGUCGAGAGAGCGGGACGGCCUCCACAAGAAGCUCGAAGAGUCGGAGAAACGCGCAAAGGAGGCUGCAGACGAGGUCGAGGCUCUCAAGUCGCAGGCUACAGAGGAGGCUGCGACUUUGAAGGACGACUCGACGGAACAGAGCGAGUCGACUGCACCGUCGACUGCAUCGAAGGCGUCUGAGCAGACUGCUACCGAUGCGACCGAGGAGUUCUUCUCGUAUGACAGCGAGCUUCCGCGACUGCAGGAGCAGCUACAAGAAAGCGAGGAGAAGGUCGGGAAACUCGAAGAAGAAAACAAGUCGCUGAAGAGUGAGCUUUCGUCGGCGCAAGACUCGGCCAAGUCGUUCAUGGAGAACCUGGAGACCACGACCAACGAUCUGAACAACUUUAGAGACACCUCACAGCGUUUCCAGAAAGAAGCUGAUGAGCGGGAGAAGAAGCUCGAUAGCGCCAUCGAAGACCUAAAGUCUAAGCUGGCUGCAGCUGAGCACGAUCUGUCGAAGCACCGGGAGGGUCAGGGCGAGCACGAGAAGACGAUCACUGAGCUACGACAGAAGCUGGAUUCGACCACCAAGGAGCUUGAAGAGCUGCACGAGUCUCGCGGCGAAGAUCUAGUCAACAACGAAGAGGCGGACGCCUUGCGCACUCAAGUGAAGAAGCUGGAGGCUGAUCUGGAAGACCUAAAGUCCGCACACGCCAAGGGCGAGAAGCGUGGCGAGACGCUGAAUGGACUCCUGACGAGCGUGCGAGACAAGUUGAAGGAGACAGAGACCAAACGAGACGAAGCCCUGGCCGAACUUGAGCAGGCCAAGAAGGAGCGGGAGUCAAAAGUUGCUGCACAGAAAGAAGAAGCGAGGACAGAGCCUGCACCACGACCCGCAGCUACACCGGCGGCUGCGCCAGCCUCCGCUAAGCCCACGGAGUCGGCGUCGUCGAAGAAGAAGAACAAGAAGAAGAAGAAGGGUGGCAAGGGCGCAGACACACUGGCCGUCGUGGCUACGGAAGCGACACCCAGCGAAGACGGCACUGCCAGCGUACUGGCGAGCCCGCGCGAGCCAGAUUUCUCGCCCGCCCAGCUGGAGGAGGCACAGCAAUCCGUCGCACAGCUCAAGUCUGAUGUCGAAGCCAAGAUUGCAGUCAUUGAGCGACUGGAGGGCGAGCUCGCUCAAAAGGUCAACUCGUUUGAGGACCUCAAGAAGAAGCUCAAGGACCAAGACGACAUGAAAGAGGAGAUUGAGACGCUGCGACAGGACCUGCUCGACUUUGGCUUGGAGCACACCGAAGCCAAGGACAAGGUCAAGGAGCUGCAAGCAGAGAAGACGGCACUGCAAGACAGCCUAGCGAGGCUGGAGAAGGAGAUUGCCGACCUGAAGACGGGUCGAGCCGCCCAAGAGAGCUCCGAGAAGGAUCGCAAGGCUCUAGCGACCGAGUUUGAAGAGCUGAAGGCCAGGUCAGACUCGUUGCAGACUGACCUGUCUGUCGCGGAGCAGCUCGCGGCAACUCGCUUCAAGGAUCUCACAGACAUGCGCGAGAUCCUGCAAAAGGCGCAGCCUGAGCUGGCAUCCUUGCGCAAGGAGGUCGCCGAGCUCCGCUCCACAAAAGAAGAGCUGGCUACCAGCACAAAGGAAAUCCGACGCCUGGAGGGCCGCGAAAGGGAGCUGAGGUCCGAGGUGGCAGCCUACCGGGCGCAGCUCGCUGACAGGGAGGGCGAUGUCAAGACGCUGAACGAGAAGAUCAGGCAGGAGACGAAGCAGCGACUUGCCCUGGAGGAGACCAACAGCAAGAUCCAGCGCGAUUUGCAGAACUCUGAGAGCGAGCGAAGAGAGGUCACCGACAGCCGCGCCAAGCUGUCCAGCGAUCUGGCAAGGGCGCACGAAGACGUGAAAAAGGCUCGCAACAGCGCUCGUGAGCUGGACGAGGAAGUUGCAAAGCUCAAGCGUGAGGCUGGUGGUUUGCGCGACGAGAUGCAGCUCAAGACCGCACAAUACACUAGCGCGCAGGACCUCAUGAACAGCAUGCAAGACCAAGCACAGGAGAUCAGCACGCAGAUGAAAGAGAUGCGGGCACGAAGCGAGAGCCUAGAAGAGGAGCUCGCCGACGCCCAUCGUCUUCUGAGCGAGCGCGGCCGCGAAGCAGAGACGAUGAGGAGGCUGCUAGCGGACGCCCAAGGACGAGCCGACGCUCGCGUGCGCGAGAUGCAAGAACGCCUCGACCUCGCCGUCGAAGAGCGAGAGCGCGCCGAGGAGCAAGCAAGCACAUUCAGCCGCCGUCGCGCCCGCGAGCUAGAAGAGCUCAAGCAAAAAGUCCGCGACGCCGAGCGCGCUGUCACUCGCGCACAGGAAGACAAGGAAGACAUGGCGGGCGCGCAGAAGGAGCUGCGCAGGCACAACGAAGAGCUCGAGAAGCGCGCCGCGCAGGCGACCGACGAAGCCGCGCAGAUCAGAUCGGCCAUGGGCCAGCUCGGCGACACGCUCGACGCGACGGAGAAGCAGGCGCGCGCCCUGGAGCGCGAGAAAGCCGAUCUCCGCCGCGCCUUUGACGAGACGCAGGGGCGGCUCGAGAAGCUGCAGAAAUCGAGCAAGACCAUGGCCGACGAGCUCCGGUCCCUGAAGACCCAGCCCAAGCCGGUUGUCGAGUCCAACACGCACUCGUCGCGGGCGUCGAUCGACUCGGCGCGCUCGCCUGCUGAUGUUGACUAUGUGUACCUCAAGAACGUGCUGCUGCAGUUUUUGGAGCAGCGCGACAAAAAGUACCAGCAGCAGCUAAUUCCCGUGCUGGGCGUGCUGCUGCAUUUUGACAAGAAGGAUGAGCAGAAGUGGAUGGCAGCUGUUUCGGCAAGGUGAGGGCUCGAGCGCGUUCAGGGCUAAUGAAUGGGGGUUGUGGGGAGGUGUGUGUUGACACCAGAGGCGUGGACAGGCGUCGA